AUGGCGGAACAGAAAGGGAAUGCCUUUCAAAAGCAAGAAGUGAAAGGAAAGAAAGGUGGUCGCUACUACAAAUCUAUCGGAUUGGGCUACAAAACACCGAAAGAAGCAAUCUUCGGAAAUUAUAUCGACAAAAAAUGUCCGUUCACCGGCGAUGUGCGGAUCCGCGGUCGGAUUUUGAAUGGAGUAGUUCGGAAAACGAAAAUGAACCGUACUAUUGUUAUCCGCCGGGAUUACUUGAAAUAUGUAAAGAAAUACAAUCGGUAUGAGAAACGGCAUAAAAAUAUGUCCGUCCACCUUUCCCCAUGCUUCAGGGACGUAAACGUUGGAGAUACCGUCACUGUUGGUGAAUGCCGACCGUUGAGUAAGACGGUCAGCUUCAACGUCAUCAAGGUGUUCAAAGCUCCCGGUUCGCAGUACAAAAAGGGUUUCCAGAAGUUUUGA